CUCAAAAGCAUCCAAUUAAAUCCCGAACACGGAUUCGUCAAAUACAUGAACCUCGGACAACUCCUGUCCGGCACUGACGCCGUGAAGGCCUAUCAGAAAGGCACACAACUCAUCGAACGGCAAAUCCAACUAACUCACAACCAAAAAGAACUGUCCGACCUCAAACGGCAACUGGUCUCCGGACUAACUUCAAUCGCGGAAAUCUACAUGACGGACCUCUGCUUCGAGCCAGACGCCGAACAACUCUGCGAACUCUGGACCUCUAAAGCCCUAAACGUCGACCCCAACAACUGGGAAGCCCUCCAAACGUACGGAUCACUCUGCAUCUCCAAACAACGCAAACAAGACGCCCUCGACGCUCUGAAAAAAUGCUACCAACUCAUCGAGCAGCUCGACUCCAACGACGCCCACUGGCCAAGUCGCGAGGCACAAACCAGUCUGGGUAAACUCCUCAUCGAAGUCGAAGACCAUCAAACGGCCUCCCGCGUGUUUGAGGUACUCAUAGAAGAAUACGAAUCUGACCCAGAAAUGUGGUAUCUAGCCGGAUACUGCUACAUGCAUUUUGACCUCGACUCGGCCUCCAGAUGCCUCGAGGCCGCAAAAUCACUCCUGAGCACAGACGCAGACCCAGAUUCGUACCAAUCAGUCACCGCUCUCUUGGAAGAAGUCAACCAAAAACGCGCCAACAAGUAGCCCGCGACAACUCCCCGCAAAAUUGUAAAAUUUUCACUAAAAUCGUACCGAAAAACACAAUUCUAAAAAAACUCGCAGACGAAUCCCAUCACCUGCUACCCAUCUCGCUCUCUUGCUCUUCAUCACCUUCAGACAUAAAAUCAUAAAUGGAAGGAGGAAUCACCUGCAUCUGAACGCUGGGCGCGCACUGAAUCAUUCGUAGGUUUUUCCGCACCGAAGUCAACACGUUGUCUAAAUAAUUCCGCGUAUUCAAAUUCUCGCUCUCGAUUCCAGUCGUCUGCAACUUGUAAUCUGGUGCGUAAUGAGCGUAAUAGUCAUUCUCCGGCAGCUCAAACGGCAGCUCGACGUCCAGUAACACACCCGUCUCAUUCGCCCAACAGCGAGCCACAUUCCGAAUUGUGUAACCUCCUCCACCCACAACAAGCAUAGGCAAGUUGUAACUCGCCACAUAUCGCAAACACUCCGCAUGUCCCGCCAAACUCAAGUUAAAAUUUCCAAUUCGGUCACCACGAAGCGAAUCGGCCCCACAUUGAAUAACGACCGCAGAAGGCGCGUAAAUCUCCAUCACGUCGCUAAUCACGGGCUUGAAAAUGCCCAAAUAACUCUUAUCAUCAAUUCCGUCUCGAAGCGGCACGUUCACGGAAUAAUACUUCCCACUUUUAUGUCCAACCUCCUGAAGACUGCCAGUCCCGGGAAAAAAUCCCUGGGCGUACUUGUGAAACGAAACGGUCAUGACUCGAUCCGUGUGAUAAAACGCGUCCUGCACUCCAUCGCCAUGGUGAAUGUCAAUGUCCACGUAAAGCACUCUAGGAUGAUACCUCAGCAGCUCGAUAAUUCCUAAAACAAUAUCAUUUACAUAACAAAACCCAGACCCCUCAGACUUCCGAGCGUGAUGCAGACCACCAGACCAAUUAAUGGACACGUCGUUCUGUCUCUGAUUCAAACGCCACGCGCCCUCGAUAGAACCUCCCGUAUACAGCUGACAAAACUCAUACACCGACUUGAAUGGCGGACAGUCGCCAUGGAUCGAAAACUCCGCAAACUGAUCGCUGUUCACCUCCGGCGUCACCCUUUCAAAAGCGGGCGUUAGUAAAACACGAAAAAAAAA